AUUUGAUAUCUGUCGUACACGUGUCCUUAGACUCUCAAAGUAAAUACCAAUCGCACGGAGACGAAGCAAGGAAGUGCAUCUUCUCCUUGUCUUCAGCUUCAAGAGCUUUCGUCGUUUAGAUCUGGUUUUUGGAUACUAAUGGCGGAAUUUACAAACAUGCUGAUGAAUCCAUGGGUUCUUCAUCUCCAGAAGCUCGAGCUCGAGCUCAAUUGCCCUCUAUGCUUGAAAUUGCUUAAUCGACCGGUGUUGCUUCCAUGCGACCACGUCUUUUGCGAUUCAUGUGUACACAAAUCGUCGCAAGUCGAAACAGGCUGUCCUGUCUGCAAAUCCAAACAUUCCAAAAAGUCUCGGAGGAAUCUUCAAUUUAUGGAGAGUGUUAUAAGCAUAUACAAAAGCUUGAAUGCAGCUGUUAGUGUUCAUCUCCCACAAUUACAGAUUCCGAAUGAUUGCAACUACAAGGACGAUGCCCCUAAACACGGCGGAUCUGAAGAUUCUGAGAUGACUGAUAAGGAUGUGAGCAAGCGCAGUGGUGGUACUGAUUCCUCUUGUCGUGAUGGUUCUCCUCUUCCGACCUCAGAAGAAAGCGAUCCAAGACCUAAACAUCAGGAUUGGACUGCUGAGCAGUUGCGUGAUCAUCUCUUAUUAUAUGAGUUUGAAUCAGAGAAUGAUGCUGGCAAUCACACACCGGAAAGUUAUACAGGACAAACUGCAAACAAUGUGAGGGACAUCAGUGCUUCUGAGCAGCCUGCCAAUGCUGCAAGGAAGCGGAUUUGUGGUGAUUCCUUUAUCCAGGAAAGCAAUCCAAAUCCUAAGACUCAGGAUCAAACUUUGCUGCGGUUGAUGGAGAGCCUCCGGUCAGAUGAUCCCACUGAUUAUGUUAAAUCACAGAAACAUCAGCCGUUACCCAAGAGUCAUACAGAACAAGAUACUAAAAGGAAGCGUGACAUCACCGCUUCCGAAGCAAUGGAAAAUCAUCUGAAAGUUCCCAAGAGGGAGAAGAACCUGAUGCAAAAAGCUGCUGAUAUUGACUUCAAUGAUAAAUGCUCUGCAAACUCUGAUGAUCAACUAAUUGAGAAAAUCUCAAAGGCAUCAGAUAAACCACCAUCCAACAUAACUAUUUGUGGAUUCUGCCAAUCCGCUAUGGUAUCUGAGGCUACUGGAGAAAUGCUGCAUUACUCUAGGGGAAGACCAGUGGUUGGAGAUGACAUCUUCCACUCCAAUGUUAUCCAUGUCCAUAGCGCAUGUAUCGAAUGGGCACCGCAAGUUUACUAUGAAGGUGACACAGUGAAGAACCUGAAAGCAGAACUGGCAAGGGGGAUGAAAAUCAAGUGCACUAAAUGUAGUCUAAAAGGAGCUGCCUUGGGCUGCUAUGUCAAGUCUUGCCGCCGAAGCUAUCAUGUUCCAUGUGCAAGGGAGAUUUCCAGAUGCCGUUGGGAUUAUGAAGACUUUCUUCUACUUUGUCCAGCUCAUUCUUCUGUCAAAUUCCCAAACGAUAAGUCUGGACAUCGCGUAUCCAGAGCUGAGCCCUUACCAAAAACAAAUCCUGCUGAGCUAUGUUCUUUGGAGAAAACACCAGCUAUUACAAAAGAGCUCGUUCUCUGUGGAUCAGCACUCUCUAAAAGUGAUAAGAACCUGAUGGAAAGUUUAGCUGUUAAAUUCAAUGCAACCAUAUCAAGGUACUGGAACCCAAGUGUUACACAUGUGAUUGCUUCUACAGACGAAAAAGGAGCAUGCACAAGAACUUUGAAGGUUCUUAUGGGUAUUCUCAAUGGAAAAUGGAUUGUCAAAGCAGAUUGGAUGAAAGCAAGCCUUGAAGCUUCUCAACCUGUUGAUGAGGAACCAUUUGAGAUUCAAAUUGAUACUCAAGGAUGUCAAGAUGGACCAAAAACCGCAAGACUCAGAGCAGAAACUAAUAAACCAAAGCUCUUUGAUGGCUUGAAGUUCUAUUUCUUUGGAGAAUUCGAUAAAGGAUACAAAGAAGACCUUCAGAAUCUAGUAAAAGUAGCUGGUGGGACGGCCUUGAACACAGAGGAUGAGCUUGGUGCAGAAAGCAGCAACACUGUCAAUGACCAAAGAUCAUCAUCGAUUGUGGUUUACAACAUUGAUCCUCCACUUGGAUGUGCCUUAGGUGAAGAAGUCACGAUUAUUUGGCAACGAGCUAAUGACGCAGAAGCUUUAGCUAGCCAAACUGGGUCUCGUCUCGUUGGUCACACAUGGCUCUUGGCGUCCAUUGCUGGUUACAAGUUACAUCCUGUGAUUAGCUAAUUUCGAGAAAGAGACAAAAAGGCAUAUUUUAAUUUCACUACAUAUGUAACAUUGUUUAAUUUCACUUUUAAUUUCGUAAGAUAACAAAACAGAUUCUUGUUUGUACGCAUAUAAAUUUCAACUUUUACUUUGGAAAAACAAA